AUUUCUCCUUUUCCCGAUCAAACAAAGCCCUAAAAUUAUCUGAUUUUCUAAUUUCGCUGCACAGACGAAGGAAGGAAAGUUCGCCAUUCGAAUUCGCCACUAGAUUCAGUCUAUCCGCGAAACACUCGCCGAAUCGAUUUCUGGGGCUCUGGAUUCAGACGCAAGUCAUGGAUUUAGAGAUAGCCAAAACCCAGGAGGAGCGGAGGAAGAUGGAGCAGCAGUUGGCUUCUCUCAGCUCAGUCACCUUCGAUACUGAUCUUUAUGGCAGCAAUGAUAAGGCGGGUUAUGUGACUUCCAUCCCGGUUAACGAGGAUGAUGAGAACCUCGAAUCCUUGGACAACGAGGUUGCUCGGAAGUUGGCAUCGUAUACGGCCCCCAAGUCUCUGUUGAAGGAGAUGCCCAGAGGCAGCGAAGAAGAUGAUGAUAUGGGGUUUAAGAAACCCCAGAGGAUUAUUGAUAGAGAGGAUGAUUAUAGGAAACGGAGGUUGAAUAGGGUGAUAUCACCUGAGAGGCACGAUGCAUUUGCUGCGGGUGAGAAGACGCCUGACCCGUCUGUGAGGACGUAUGCGGAGGUUAUGAGAGAGGAGGCGUUAAAGAGGGAGAAGGAGGAGACGUUAAGGGCUAUAGCCAAGAAGAAGGAGGAAGAGGAGGCUGCUAAGGCGUCUGGUGAGAGGCCAAAGGAGUCGGCUGCAGCAGCUGCAGCACCCCAGAAGAGGAGGAAUAGGUGGGAUCAAUCGCAGGACGAAGGUGGAGCAAAAAAAGCAAAGACCUCGGAUUGGGAUUUGCCUGAUACAACACCUGGAAGGUGGGAUGCCACACCAGGCAGAGUGGGGGAUGCCACACCUGGUGUGGGGAGAAGGAAUAGGUGGGAUGAGACUCCGACUCCAGGGAGGUUGGCUGAUUUGGACGCAACUCCAGCUGGUGGUGUUACGCCUGGUGCAACCCCAGCUGGAAUGACUUGGGAUGCAACUCCCAAACUUCCUGGGAUGGCUACGCCAACUCCAAAAAGGCAGAGAUCACGUUGGGAUGAGACCCCAGCAACAAUGGGAAGUGCAACUCCAAUGCCUGGAGCUACCCCUGCUGCUGCUUUUACUCCCGGUGUGACUCCUGUUGGAGGAGUAGAGCUGGCUACCCCCACACCUGGGGCUAUCAAUUUGCGUGGCCCAAUGACCCCUGAGCAGUAUAACUUGAUGAGGUGGGAGAGAGAUAUUGAGGAGAGAAACCGACCAUUGACUGAUGAAGAACUUGAUGCCAUGUUUCCACAAGAGGGAUAUAAGAUUCUGGACCCUCCUGCUUCAUAUGUGCCUAUUCGAACACCUGCAAGGAAGCUGCUUGCCACGCCAACUCCAAUGGGAACUCCUCUUUAUGCCAUCCCAGAGGAGAAUCGGGGGCAGCAGUUUGAUGUUCCGAAGGAAGCACCUGGUGGCUUGCCGUUCAUGAAGCCAGAGGAUUACCAAUACUUUGGGGCACUGUUGAAUGAGGAAGACGAGGAGGAAUUGUCUCCAGAAGAGCAGAAAGAGCGGAAGAUUAUGAAGCUCUUGCUCAAGGUAAAGAAUGGAACGCCCCCUCAGAGGAAAACAGCUUUAAGGCAGCUUACUGAUAAAGCUCGUGAGUUUGGUGCAGGCCCAUUGUUCAACCGCAUUCUGCCACUCCUUAUGCAGCCUACUUUGGAGGACCAGGAGAGGCAUCUUUUGGUUAAGGUUAUUGACAGAGUCCUUUAUAAAUUGGAUGAAUUGGUUCGUCCCUAUGUGCACAAAAUUCUUGUUGUGAUUGAGCCAUUGUUGAUUGAUGAAGAUUACUAUGCACGUGUAGAAGGUAGAGAAAUUAUAUCCAAUCUUAGUAAGGCUGCUGGUUUGGCUACUAUGAUUGCUGCUAUGCGUCCAGAUAUUGACAACAUCGAUGAGUAUGUUAGAAAUACAACUGCCAGGGCUUUUAGUGUUGUUGCUUCUGCACUUGGAAUUCCUGCCCUUCUUCCAUUUUUGAAAGCUGUGUGUCAGAGUAAAAAAUCAUGGCAAGCACGUCAUACUGGAAUUAAGAUUGUUCAGCAGAUUGCUAUUCUUAUUGGUUGUGCUGUUUUACCGCAUCUUAGGUCUCUUGUUGAAAUUAUUGAACACGGUCUCAAUGACGAGAACCAAAAGGUGAGGACAAUUACUGCUCUGUCUCUAGCUGCACUUGCUGAGGCUGCAGCUCCAUAUGGUAUUGAAAGCUUCGACUCCGUUUUGAAACCACUGUGGAAGGGUAUUAGGUCGCACCGUGGUAAGGUGUUAGCAGCUUUCCUUAAGGCAAUUGGUUUUAUUAUUCCUUUGAUGGAUGCGCUGUAUGCCUGCUACUAUACAAAGGAAGUGAUGUACAUUCUGAUUCGAGAGUUUCAAUCACCUGAUGAAGAAAUGAAGAAAAUUGUUCUCAAAGUGGUCAAGCAGUGUGUGAGCACUGAGGGAGUAGAGGCUGAUUAUAUUCGUAAUGAUAUUCUUCCAGAAUUCUUUAGGAACUUUUGGGUUCGAAGAAUGGCUUUAGAUCGUAGAAAUUACAAGCAACUUGUGGACACAACUGUUGAGAUAGCAAACAAAGUCGGUGUUGCUGAUAUUGUAGGUAGAGUUGUUGAAGAUCUUAAGGAUGAAAGUGAACCUUAUAGAAGAAUGGUUAUGGAAACGAUAGAGAAAGUUGUUGCGAACUUGGGUGCAUCUGAUAUUGAUGCUCGAUUAGAAGAGUUGUUGAUUGAUGGGAUUCUUUAUGCCUUCCAAGAGCAGACCAGCGAUGAUGCUAAUGUGAUGCUUAAUGGGUUCGGUGCAGUUGUCAACUCUCUUGGGCAAAGAGUAAAACCGUAUCUUCCCCAGAUUUGUGGUACCAUAAAGUGGAGACUGAAUAACAAGAGUGCAAAAGUGAGGCAGCAAGCAGCUGAUCUUAUUUCAAGGAUUGCCGUUGUCAUGAAGCAGUGCCAAGAGGAACAACUCAUGGGCCAUCUUGGCGUUGUCUUGUAUGAGUAUUUGGGAGAAGAAUACCCUGAAGUUCUGGGUUCCAUUUUGGGAGCUCUCAAGGCUAUUGUGAAUGUUAUCGGUAUGACAAAGAUGACCCCUCCUAUCAAGGAUCUGCUUCCCAGAUUAACACCAAUUUUGAAGAACAGACAUGAGAAAGUGCAGGAGAACUGCAUUGAUCUUGUUGGUCGUAUUGCUGAUCGUGGUGCUGAAUUUGUUCCUGCAAGAGAGUGGAUGAGGAUCUGCUUUGAGUUGCUUGAGAUGCUCAAAGCACACAAGAAGGGUAUCCGGCGUGCCACGGUUAACACUUUCGGGUAUAUUGCUAAGGCCAUUGGGCCACAAGAUGUUUUGGCAACUUUAUUGAACAAUCUAAAAGUACAGGAACGUCAGAAUCGUGUUUGCACCACCGUCGCAAUUGCAAUAGUCGCAGAAACAUGUUCACCUUUUACAGUUCUGCCUGCCCUAAUGAACGAGUAUCGUGUGCCAGAGCUCAACGUGCAAAAUGGUGUGUUGAAGUCUCUCUCCUUUCUUUUCGAGUAUAUAGGCGAAAUGGGAAAGGACUAUAUCUAUGCAGUGACGCCAUUGCUCGAGGAUGCUCUGAUGGACCGAGAUCUUGUCCACCGACAAACCGCAGCGUCUGCUGUGAAGCACAUGGCUCUAGGGGUGGCCGGUUUAGGUUGUGAAGAUGCCUUAGUCCACUUGCUGAACUAUGUAUGGCCGAACAUAUUCGAAACAUCCCCGCACGUCAUAAACGCAGUGAUGGAAGCCAUCGAAGGAAUGAGGGUGGCAUUGGGCGCAGCCGUUGUGCUCAACUACUGCCUGCAGGGGCUUUUCCACCCGGCUCGGAAAGUUCGAGAAGUAUACUGGAAAAUCUAUAACUCGCUGUACAUUGGUUCCCAGGAUGCUCUUGUUUCAGCUUAUCCAGCAUUAGAAGAUGGAGAAAACAAUGUGUACAACCGACCGGAACUGGUGAUGUUUGUGUGAAGUGAAGUGCAUUAAUUUUUGAUGGGGCGAGUAUGUAUUGAAUUAGUUUGUAUCGUUUUGGGUUCUUAGCUCUUCACAGAAGGAUUUCCAUUAGUAAGUAURGCCCAUUGGCCUUAGCAUGUGAUAUUAAUAUCCUUUGCUGCUUAUUCUAACUACUAAACCAAAGAAAGGGUUUUUUGCUAAUGGGAUCCUUUAUUAGCAUUAUAAUGUACUUUUUUCAGUUAAGUUGA